ACCAAGCAGACGGCGAGAAAGUCGACAGGAGGAAAACAUCCCAGAAAACGUCUCUCAAGCAACAGAUCCAAAACAUUAAUAAUUACCGAUCACACUGGAAAUAACGUCACCAUUCCUGGAGGUUCAUCACGAGUUGGACUGGGCUUUUUCCCGUUUCAAGUGUAUAUACUGGCAAGCGCUGCGAGUCUUUGCUCUGAUAGCGAGUUUCCUCAAAAGCUGAGAAGUUACAUCAUAUCCAACGACGCAUGUAUCAGGUUCAACGAGAACUGCCAUUGGCGCUUGGAAAUAUUCAGUCUUCCUCAGGCCUCUGUACUGGAUUGUAUCAACCAUCAUGAGCAGGAGAAACGAUACCGCAAGUCGGUGGGUAAGGGUCCGAUCAUGCUCAAUAGGAAAGAGCUUCUUGUUGUGGACGAUGUGGAAUGGGGGACAAAGGGUCUGCUCUCGGUAGAGUACACUGCUCAAUUCCUUGGACGUGAUGGCAGUGAGCGUGAAUUUGAGAAUCACGUUAACGAUCAUCCGAGCUGGCAAGAUGAUGAAGAAGAACUCGCACUACCUAAGCUUCGGAAGGACCUUACAGUGCUGCGCUACCCUAAUGUUAAUCAGCUUGCUGAACGCUUUCUACAAUUUGUCUGGGAUGAUGAAGGUCACGAGUGGGCGUACAGCUCGUUGAUGGAGCGCAAUGUUGCUUUGGCACCAUCUCUGCCAAGAGAUAUAGAAGGAUACAUGUCCUUGAUGACAGCUUACGUCGAGGUAGAUGAAGACAUUGACAGCAUCGGAAGGGAAUGUGUCAUCUGCAAUCAUGUCAGGAGACCGAUUGACAAGACACACUUCUCCUUCAAUCUCUAUGUUAUUGGUCAAAGGCCUGAAUCCCCACAACUACUUUUCAACCUGCUCAACGAAAGGCUUCUGGAGUACAUUCCUAUGAAGCUUCACGUGUACAUCGUGCCAGAUCUAUCGACAGCAUUUUCGCAUCACGACGACGAGAUGGCGACCAGACCUUCGUCUGGUAGAUUACCAACCAGCUAUGCCGGUCUGCCUGAGCAACCUCAAUCACAUAUUUUCCUAUACAUUGAUGAGUAUAUGGUGCAGCAUAAAGGUCCGAAGGUUGUCACAAGAGAUCCUGCUAUGGAAGGUCCAAUGCUUGAAGUCAUGCACGCAGGUAGCUGGGGUAGUGCGGCGGACAUGCUUCUCACCUAUUUCACACUGUGUACUGAGACGCCAAGGCCACGGACCUUGUCGUGUACC